CUCUGCAAACACUUUGAGGAGAAGGGAAUCUUGUUCUAUGUUCAAGAGCAGUUUUUUAAAGAAAGAAGCAGUGACAAAUGGUCAGUCGGGACUGAUUUUGGCAGUGGUUAUAGGACUGUUACUGGGACAUACGUUUCCACAAGCAACUGGUUGGAUACUACAGGAAUCAUGACAGAAGACGUUCAAGUUCGACCAGGCGUACCAGAGUAUAAUCGGAAUAUGCCCUCCGAGAAACCACAACUCCAGGUCAUUGAUAUCAUCGAUCAAAUGGCAAAUUCUGUUGAGAUAUUUCCAUAUGAAAAUGAAGAGUUUAAUCCUGACUCUCUGCUUCUGCAAGCAGAGCAAGAAGGGGCUGAUCACUUAGUAGAAAACACAGCCUGUGGUGUUUCAAGUGGGGAGAAAGACUAUCAAGGUCUCUGUGAGGAGAACUAUGCUAUAAGUGCCAAAGCACAUGAAGGAAUUGAACAGGAGGAAGGGGACACACAGCAGCUUUGGGAGGAAAAGGCCUACGGCAGUAAUGAGACCAAGGAGGAUCAAGACGAAGCGCAGCUGCACGAACACAAGGAGCAAAUUGAAACUGAAACAUACCUAGAAGUGAAUGAGAAUGCAACGGCAGAAGAUUCUGAAGGGGCAGAAGGAGUCAUGCAGAAUGAAAAUAAUGGGGAGUCUCAUAAAAAAUGGCAGGAAACCAACAGCGAAGAAUGUCUUCCCAUCGAUCCCAGGAGUAACUCUCCUACGGAGAAACCAAAGGAGCAGCCAAGCUCCAUGAAAAAAAGCGAUAUUUCCCGGCACAGUUAUUCUCGAUACAAUACGAUAUCCUAUCGGAAGAUCCGCAAAGGAAACACGAAACAGAGAAUCGAUGAAUUUGAGUCCAUGAUGCAUUCAUGAACUGAAGCAGAGAAUCUGAUCAGCAUGUUGAGACUUCCCUCCAACCACUGGGACAAUUCUU